UUUAAAUAUAUUCUCUUAUUAGAACAUUUUGAACUGCAAAGAAGAAUUAUAUUAAACCGUAGAAACCAUUCAACAGAAAAGCAGAGAAUAUACACAGCGGUGGUGGCAACAAUGACAGACUUGUGAAAAAAGUUAUAAUCCUUGAGGAGAGAAAUAUGGAAGCAGAACCUUUAGAACUCGAAGAUGGUGAAGUUAUAGAUGAUGAGGCAAGCGAUAUUGAAACAUAUAAUGUUUUGAAGAGACCUCAUGCAAUUCCGAAUAAAGAAGAGUUUAUAAAAAUGGGCUAUAGCGACGAAUCUGAUGAUUCUGCGGAUUCUGAAAGUGAUUCUGAUUCAGAUUCUGAACAUAUCAGAAGCAAAAGACCUAAAUUAAAACUAAAAAGAUCUCGAAGUAUGACAAAAAAUUGCAUGGACAAAAGUGACAAAUAUAAAAUAUGGUGUACGCAGUUGCAAGAGGAAUCUUUAACAGAAAAUUUAAUAUUAUGUGGUGUAACGAAAAAACAGAAUCAAGAACGCAGCGUUGAAAGUUAUAACAUUCCGCAUCGUUAUUCUUUCAAAGGUAAAUGGAAUACAGAGCAUCGUAACAAUAAUAGUUCAGAAGAUGAAAAAGAUGGGGACAAAAGGCUAACAAAUAAAAGAACAAAUUCAGACAGAAAUAAUGUUAGGUUGAGAUUAGGAAAAAAACGUAAUCUAAUGGAGAUAGAUAACCAAAAGGGAACUGCACGAAAGAUAGCAGAUUUAAAUACAACGAUUGAAUCAACUGACGCAGAUGUGGCAACUGAUAUAACGUCAAAACUUAAUGAGAAAAAAGAUCUUCUUAUAAGGAGAAUUGUAGAUAUUAUUGGUAGAGAGAAAGCAAUUGAAUUUUUUCAAAAAACCAAAAAGAUUGAAGAAGGAGGUGGCAUGUUAAUAAUGAACGGAUCUAGAAGAAGAACUGCAGGAGGUGUAUAUUUGUGGUUAGUGAAAAACGACGAACAUAUACCACGAGAAAAAAUAAGAGAGAUUUUUGAUUAUGACAAAAAAGAACACGCCGAACAGAGGAAAGCCAAUGCUGCUGCAAAAAGACAGAAAUCACAAGAACUGAUAAAGGGUCUCGAAAAUGGUUCAGAAAAAGAUCUUCCCGCCUUAUUAACAAAGGCAGAACUUUCUACAAGAGAAAUAGCAGAAGAAGCAAGAUUAAGACGUGGAGAGGGAAUGGAUAGAAUGCCAGUCGAUUCUGAUCGGACAAUGACUAAUCCGCCUCCUAGUCCUGUAACUGAUGAUCCAGAUCAUUCAGAACAUCAGAGGCAUGUUCAAAGUUAUGAAGACGAUUUCCUUGACAUUGGAAUAGACAUAGACAGUAUGGAAGUUCUUUAAAAUAUUAUAAUUUCUUUUUAAUAGAUGUAUUGCGAAAAUAAUUUGUACAAAACUCAAAAAAAAUUUUAAUCUUUACAAAAUAUCUAUACACAUAUAUUAUGUGAAUACAGUCUACGUAAUUUGUACGUUUGCCUACAAUAUAUACAAAUAAAAAUUAUAGAUCAAAUCUAUUGCAACGACGUUCCACAUUGUGAUAAAAUAAUUUAUCAAAUGUACAUAUGGUAAUAUUGUAAUUUUCUCAGACUUUGGAAAGCAAAAAAAUAUUU